AUGUUACUAUUGUAUUCCUUUUUAAGUUGUCUACUAUUAUUUUCAUCGAAAGUCUUUGGUGGACAAGAACUUUCAUCGAUUGUUGAUGAUCAAUGUAAUCCUGAAGUAGCAUCUUGGACUUCAUGGUUUAAUACACAAAAUCCUAAAACAACCAAUGGUAAUGAUAUUGAAGAUAUAUCAAUGAUACGAAAAUCAUAUCCUGAAGCAGCUCGAUGUGAUACAGUUUUAAAUGUUGAGUAUUCUGUUUUGGGAAAAACAAAUAAUGAUACAUCACUUUAUCAAACAUUAGUUAAUAAUAAUGGUGUCGUUUGUAUGGGUUCACCAACAUCACGUUGUCCAGAUUAUAGUGUUCGUUUUUGUUGUCCAAAUAAACAAGAGUAUAUAUCACAACAAUGUGGUCAAACAUUUCGUCAACCUCAUACAAACUCUCCACUUCGUAUUGUUAAUGGUUUUCAAGCAAUACCACAUUCAUUACCUUGGGCUGUUUCAUUACAAUAUAAAGAUGUACAUGAUUGUGGUGGUGUUAUUAUUGAUCAAUGGCAUAUAUUAACAGCUGCACAUUGUUUAGAUUAUUCUAAUGAUCUUGGAAAUUUUUAUGUUCGUGUCGGAGCACAUAAUCGAUUAUCGUCGGGACAACUUAUACCUAUUGCUGAAUUGAUUAUACAUCCAACUUAUGAUGAAUCACGUUCAUCAGAUGAUAUUGGAAUUAUAAGAUUAGCUUCGCCAAUAACAUUUUCAUCAGAUGUUCAACCAAUUUGUCUUGUUGAUAAUAUGGCCGAACCACCACUUGACGCAACUGUAUAUGUUGCUGGUUGGGGUAAUACUGUCCAUCAAAUGUGGGAUACUUCAAGUCCAGUUCUACUUCAAGCACGACUUCGUGUUAUUUCUGAUUGUUCAAUGUAUUUUGCUUAUCAACCACAAAAUCAAAUUUGUACUGCUCACAAUGGUCCUGCUGAUAAAGAUCAUGGAUCAUGUCAAGGAGAUAGUGGUGGUGGUUUACUCUAUUUUAAGAAUGGUCGUUGGUAUGCUGCUGGUGUAGUUAGUUAUGCUAUUGGAUGUGGUCAACAAGCUUAUCCAACAGUAUUUACUAAAACAGCAGCUUAUAUUGAUUGGAUUCAUGAAAUUAUCAAUCGUCAAAAAUCAAAUUAA